ACUUUCUUUUGGUGCUCAAAAUCUUCAGCUCAAUUGUAUCAGCCAUCCAAAUAUCAUCUUACCUUAUCCAAACCCACCUUCACCACACUCUUCAUUACUUAGGCCACUCCUUCAUUUCCUCCAUUUUUUGCAUCAUCUCUCAAUCUGACACAAAAAGAUCAAGGGGCUAGCUAAAAAUGGCAACAGUAGCAGCAUCAACAACCUUCUCCUCGGCAGCAGUUCCGGCUGCUGCUACAAUAUCAGGCAGCAGGGCUCAGAGAAAGAUGAACAAGGUGGUGUACAUGAGUGGACUUAACUCCUACGGUGGUCUCAAGGCGAACAACACUGUGCUCGGUCUCGGUCAGGCAGUCUGCACCGAGCAGUGCUUCGCCAAUGUUGUGAGCUCAUUGAGGAGUACUUCAAGCAAGAAAGGAAGAUCAGGUGGUGCUUUGACUUCUACCUGUAAUGCUGCAGCUGAGAUUUUCAGGAUUGCUGCUAUUAUGAAUGGACUUACACUUGUUGGUGUUGCUGUUGGUUUUGUGCUUCUGCGAAUCGAGGCGUCCGUAGAGGAAGCUGAGUAAUAUUUAUUCAAUGUUCAACUUUGAAUUUAGUUAUAUAAAAUUGUACCUUUGCCCCCUCAAUCUCAUGAAUUGGGAAUUGGUGUUCAAUUUGUAAGUUCAAUUACAAACCUCAAACUCCCACAUUAUUUUUCCUUCAUAUAGUGUUACAUUUUCCUUUUGAAAGUUUAUUCUUUCAGGUAAUUAUGUCUAGGCAAUUUGUUUUAUCAUUCACCAGUCUUUCAGAA